ACGCAACCUGUGGACCCACAUGAAAAUUCACGACAAGGAGCAAUAUCAGUGCCCUCAUUGCCCUGUCCAAUUCGCACAGCAAUACCAGCUUAAGAAUCACAUCCGGAUUCACACCGGCGAAAAGCCAUUCACGUGUAAAGUCUGCAGCAAAACGUUCCACGCAUCACACAACCUAUCGACCCACAUGAAAAUUCACGGCAACGAUCAAUAUCAAUGCCCUCAUUGCCCUGGCAAAUUCGUACUAAAAUGUCAUCUUAAGGAUCACAUUCGGACUCACACCGGCGAAAAGCCAUUCAUCUGUAAAGUCUGUAGCAAAACGUUCCAUGCAGCACGCAUCCUGCACUCCCAUAUGCGAACUCACGACAAGGGCCAACAUCAAUGUCCUCAUUGCACGCGCAACUUUAAACGGAAGUAUGACCUUAAGAUUCAUAUUCGUAAUCAUAGCGGCGAAAAGCCAUUCAUGUGUGAAGUCUGCGGCAAAGCGUUCCGUUCGAUAAGCAUACUGCAAAACCACAAGAAAACCCAUGACAAGGAGCAAUAUCAGUGCCCUCAUUGUCCUGACAAAUUCGAACUUCAAUGGCGUCUUAAGGAUCACAUUCGAAUUCAUACCGGCGAAAAGCCAUUCAUGUGUAAAGUUUGCGACACAUCGUUCCAUGCGGCAACCAAACUGCGCACCCAUAUGGAAAUUCACGGAAAAGACCAAUAUCAGUGUCCUCAUUGCCCUGGUAAAUUCGCAUUCAAAUACGACCUUAGGAAUCACAUUCGGACACAUACAGGCGAAAAGCCAUUCAUUUGUAACGUCUGUAGCAAAGCAUUUGAUGCGGCACGCUACCUGAACCAACAUAUGCAAACUCACAACAAGGACCAUCAAUGUCCUCAUUGCUCUUGCAAAUUCGCACGGAUAUCCCAGCUUAAGAACCACAUUCGCACUCAUAUCGGCGAAUAGUCAUUCCGAUAAGAAGUUUGUAACUAAGCGUUUCAUGCGAAAGCCUUUCUGCAUAAACCGAUAAACCGAUUCAUAACAAGGACAAGAACUAGUGAGAGCAUAGCAUACGACAGCAUUCUGAAAGUCGCAAAACGAAACAACAUAAAUUUAAUUAAAUUAUUUCAUUAAUUCUAUUUGAAAGUUCUGAUAACAGAAUAAAUUCGUUGAGAAGGAACAUGAUAGUUGUGAUGAACAGGAUGAAUGAAAUGCAGAAUGAAUAAAAUUUAGUUUAAAUAGCGA